AUGGUUGGGGUUAGGUGUGUUCUAGGCCUUGUGGCCCUUUUGGCAAUCUCUGUCUGGGCUGAAAGUGAGGUUCUGUCAACUUCAGAGCGAAUUGAGAGAGCCAAUAGAGAUAUUGUCCGUUCUCCUGAUGAACCCUACAUAGUGGAUGAUAUCGCAUAUGGCUCUGAGGCGGAGAGAAACGCUGACCCCUGCACCGCUUCUGGCUGCAUGUGGCCCAAGUCCGCUGAUGGACGUGUCUACGUGCCCUACACCCUUUCCAGCGUGUACACCUCUCGUGAGGUGGCAGUCAUCGAGCGUGCGCUGCAGUCCUUCGAUUCUUUUUCUUGUAUCCGUUUAAUCAGACGCACAAACGAGAGAGACUACUUGAAUAUCCAGAGUCUUAAUGGGUGCUACUCCUACAUCGGCCGUCGUUACAAUGCGCAGGAACUGUCCCUGCAGCAAUCAGGCUGUGUUUACCACGACACUGUCCAGCAUGAGGUGCUCCAUGCUCUGGGUUUCAAUCACGAGCAGACACGUUCUGACCGCGACCAACACAUCCGCGUUUUGUGGGAGAACAUCACUGCGGGAAAGGAGCACAACUUUGACAAAAUCAACACUUUGAACCAGGGAACCCCCUAUGACUAUGGCUCUGUUAUGCAUUACCACAAGUACGCCUUCUCCAAGAACAACCAGCCCACUUUGGUGGCUAUCCCUGAUGCCAAUGUCGAGUUUGGAUAUGCCACUGAGAUGAGUCAGAUGGACAUCCUCAGGCUCAACAGGCUGUAUGGAUGCUGA